AUGAAAAUCAACUCGGGUAAAGAAUUGGAAGCCGCAAAACAGCGAUUUAAAUAUGCCCGUAUAAGAGCAACCGAUGCUUUCUGUAAUGAAGCACUAAAAAUUGAAGACAGAAUUCUCGCUGCGAAACUACGAAUAGUUUCCGAGAUAUUGGAAUGUCUCGAAAGUCCUGAAUACGCAAUCACUGGAUGUCUGUCGCUUCUUCGAGAGCUACAUGGCUUACCGGCUAUCCGUGAGCUGUUCUCCGUGUAUCUCCGUCGUGGCGUCCUGUCGAAGCUAAACAAGGCUGAACGAGUUGCCAACGUGAAAUCUGUGAUGCUGAUCAACAAUAUUUUGUUUCAUUUCAAUUCCAAAUUCAGUCGCAAACUUUCUGACAAGGUGAUUUGGCCUGAAACAAUUAAACUUACUGGUCGCAGUUUUAACCCAAUAUUAGAUUGGCAGGAGGUUUCGACAAGAAAAUCGAUGGGCGAAUUGAGUCAAAAUCUACACCGCAACCUAACACUUGAUCAAGAAGUAAUUCCAUAUUUGUCUGCUGUUAACAGCCAUGGUGAUCACGUUGUUGGUGGUGAGUAUUAUGAAGUCACCGUUACGAUUAUUUUCCGAACAGGAGAAAACAAGGUUGUUCCAUUACCUGACCACAGGGAAGGCGAAGUUAUCGAACAAUAUAUUGAAGGACUUACUGUUGAUAACUGCAACAACGUUUAUGUGGUGAGAUGGUUUGAAACACGUACGGAAAAUGGCAAUGUAAAAGCUUACGUGUUGAAUGUAUUGGAUGAAAAUUUCAAUGUAAAGCACAUUUGCAAAUUGUAUUUCUUCGAGGUAACAAACAAUUUUCGCUUUGUGAGGAUCGCUGUAAACAAAAACAAUAUCAUUAUGGUCAAAUACAGUGAUCCACAUGUAUAUAUCUGUGACGGCAGCGGACAGUUGAAAUAUAAGUUUGAACGAGAUUCACGACGAGAUACGCCUUUCCCACCCAGCUUGAAUAUUUCAAAUAAUGAUGAAAUCAUGCUAUCAUCAGACGGUGACAUGGCCGUUCACUUCUACACAGAGGAAGGAAAUCUAAAGUCGACAAUAAAACUACCAGAAG